AUGAUCGCAAAAUUGUUAGCUAAUCAGCUUAAAAGGAGACUUCACACAAUGAGUGUUGCUUCUGCAACAUGCUUUCUUUUUCCUCUUGCCAUGUGGGACACAAUAUUAGGUUCAGCUUCUGAUAGUAUUGUUAAGUUUCAGUUUCCAAGCUGGGCAUACUUGAGUACAAUCUUCUUUGGAAUUAUUUUCAUAUUCUAUGCCGAUAACAUUGCUGAAGAAAGGCUGCAUCUUGUUUUUUCUUCUCCAAGGCAUCUAAUGAUUUCUGGAGUAUGCAUUAUUAUUAUGGAAAUCUUAUAUCUAAUGGAUUUUUCCCUUUUGGGUUUUGUGAUUUGUUCUUCAAUUUUGGGAUUCGUGUCAUGA